CUGGUGUAAUUUCUCAGGUGUAGAUGGACGAAACUUUGAGAGGAGCAGACCUGUAGAUGAUACGGAGCAGAUGAGCUUUACAUCAUGCUAUUUUAGGCCUGUUCUCUGUUGCAGCUGACCAGGGCUGGGUCAGAGCAUGUUUCUGCUAAUGUAUUGCCAUAUUUAUGGGGAUAAUAUGAAAUUAUAUUUGAAAUUAUUUAUUAAUUAUUUAUAUCUUAUUUAUAUAUUUGAAAAUCUGGAUCUGGUCCACUGAAUGUCUAAGUUCAGGGCAGAGCGGAGUCAUGACGGAGGAGCGAUGCCCGCAGCUUGUGGACUACUUCGUGGUGGCAGGGCUGGACCCGCGCGGGCCCUGGCGCCCCCUGGAGGAAGAGGGGAGAGGCGCGGGGGGCGUAAGGGGGGCGGAGCCUGUGACAGACCUGGUGGUGAUCGCCCGCGGGCUAGGAGAGGGAGUGCCCGAAGGCUUCACCUGUAUCGAGCGGACACUUGGGGGUCAUUCUGCCGAGCUUAGUGCCGGCCUCAUCAACAACCCCCAUCUGUUCCUGUGCUACAGGCGCGGGCACCACAAACCACCCAUCCUCGACCUUGGGAUCCUUUAUGAGGGGAAGGAGGCUCUGAAGCCCGGCUGGUUUGUGAUCGAGACCACCCCUUACAGUCGCUCAGCUUCUCUGAGCUCUGGAGGGCCCUCCACUCAUCGCGUCUUCAUCACCUACAGAAGGGCUCUGGACUGCAGCCAGGGCCUCCACGCUCUGGGUGUCACAGACAUUGCUCUGCUGCUACCCGCCAAAGGAGAGAGCGCCCCACACACCUUCUCACGCGUCGAGAAGAACCUCAACACUGGCAUGUUCGGUCCGGCUUUGUUCCUGUGUUACAAGCGCGCUGUGGCUAAAGCUAACGCCCUGGUGUACGAGGCCAACCUGAUCAGUCGUUACCCUCCUGAGGACCUAGACUCCUUCCCUUUGCCUGAGUCGGUGCCAGUCUUCUGUCUCCCGAUGGGCGUCACCAUUGAGAGUUGGCCCCAAAACUCAAAGUACCAGCUGCCUGUGUUCUCCACGUUUGUUUUCACGUCUGCCUCUGGGGACAAGGUUUAUGGAGCAGCGAUUGAGUUCUACGAGUCUUUUCCUCGUGAGCUCUUGUCUGAGCAGCAGUGUGUGCGCCUGGGCAUGCUGAGUGUGGUGGACCGCCGCCCUGUGUCUGGCCGAACACUCCACGUCAAAAAGUCCAUCUGUGUCCUCUCCCACUGGCCCUUCUUCUCUGUCUUCCAGAAGUUUCUAACCUUUGUUUACCGGUACUCUAUAUCUGGACCUCAUGUACUACCUAUAGAGAAACACAUCUCCAGCUUCAUGCACAACGUCCCCUUCCCCUCGCCUCAGAGACCGCGCAUCCUCGUCCAGCUGUCUCCGUACGAUAACCUGCUCCUGUGUCAGCCUGUGUCCUCUCCUCUGCCCCUCAGUGGUGCGAGUUUCCUGAAGCUGCUGCAGAACCUGGGCCCAGAGCACUGCUGCUGCCUCCUGGUGGCUGCUCUGACUGAACACAAGCUGCUGCUGCACUCUCUGAGGCCAGACGUGUUAACCUCCGUGAGCGAAGCCCUUGUAUCUAUGUUGUUCCCUCUGCGUUGGCUCUGCCCGUACAUCCCCCUGUGCCCGCUGCAGAUGUCAGACGUACUUUUGGCUCCGAUGCCCUUUAUCGUGGGGGUUCACUCCAGUUACUUUGACCUCCAUGACCCCCCUCCAGAGGUCAUCUGUGUGGACCUGGACACCAACACCAUCUUCCAGUCUGAGGACAAGAAGCCGCUGUCGUGGAAGUCUCUCCCGAGGAAACAAGGAAAGAUGCUGUUUAACACCCUGAGCCAUCUGCACAAGACUCUGGAGAAGAUUUGCUCUCCGGGCCAGGAGGAGGCGACACUGGAGUUCCUAUUGACAGACUACGAUCAGAUCUACCGUCGGCAGAAGCAGCUGGAGCUCGAGAUCCAGGAAGCGUUUCUGCGUUUUAUGAGUUUACUCUUAAAGGGAUACAGGAGCUAUCUACUGCCCAUCACACAGGCCCCCUCUGACACCACCACUGACUGCAGCAACCUCUUCAACCUGCAGGGUUUCCUGAAGUCCAGGGAGCGUGCUCAGCAGAAGUUUUACUCUCAACUCACUCGGACACAGAUGUUCACUCAGUUCAUCGAGGAGUGCUCCUUCGUCAGCGACCGCCACGCCUGCCUUGAAUUCUUCGACGAGUGUGUGCAGAAGGUGGAUGUGGAGCGACCAGAGGAGGUGUGUCUUGUGGACUUGGAGGAGUCUCUCUGUGGGGAGCACACAGUCUUCAUCAUGCCACCAGAGGAGCCCCAGGAGGCGGACGGGUCGGAGAGUCCUGCCCCCUACAGUUACGAGACUUUCCCGUCUUUGAAGAUGGAGCUGUUUGACCGACCUCAUGAUCAGAUCAAAGUCCAGACCAAAGGAAGUCCCGCCCCGAGCAGCCCCGCCCCCCGCAGGACAAAGCAGGAGAUAAAGCUGGCCCAGAGGCGCGCUCAGAAGUACGCGGCAGUGCCUGACAUGUGGGCCAAGUGCCUCUUGGGGCACUGUUACGGCCUGUGGUUCAUUUAUCUGCCCACGUUUGUGAGAGGAGAGAGUGGGAAAGUGCGAGCGCUACACGCCGCCUACGAUGUCCUCAAGCACACGGAGACGAGGAGGGUGGUGCUGCCCGACGAGGUGUGUUACCGGAUCCUGAUGCAGCUCUGUGGUCUGUAUGGGCAGCCGGUGCUCGCUGUGAGAGUCCUGUUAGAGAUGAAGAGAGCCGGGAUCACACCCAAUACCAUCACCUACGGGUACUACAACAAGGCUGUGCUGGAGAGUAAGUGGCCGUCGACCAAUCAGGGCGGCCGGCUGCUCUGGGCCAAACUCAGGAACGUCCUAUUGGCUGUGGCCCAGUUUCGACAGCCAAUCAAACGACGGCACAAAAGUGGCUCGCUAGGGUCACGAGGAGAGUCGAUGUUUGACUCGGACUGCAGGCCCCGUCCACACUCAUCCCUGAUUCGUCAGUCCAGUUGGAGCGGUUUGAGUGACAGCUCCAGUCACGAGUCACUGCCCGGCUCCAUUGUGAAGAGCAGUAGCCUGAGCAGCAUGAAGCCCACUGACAAGCUGAAGCUGCAGAGGAAGGCGCAGGUCCAGAGUGGAGACCCGCGGAAGCCUCCUCUGGGCCCCACAGCGCCCCCUCCAGGAGGAGGGGUGGUACCACGCAGUCAGGUCUGUCUCUCCACGUUCUACAAAGAGUGUGCAGAGAGCGAGUCAGAAUACUGCCCACCGCCCGGGAGAGACGCACGGCCGACUAUUGGGAGAGAGGGCAGUGCAAGCCGGAGCAAAGACGUCGACGAAAACCAGAACAACGUGUCAUCGCCCAAUCGUGCAGGUUUGGCAGGAAAACUGCAGCAGCUCCUCACUCCCACGAGGAACCGGCUCUCUGUGCGACGAACGGCAAGCGUGGACGACCGACGCAGGGGGGAGGGGCCACGCAGAGACCGACCCAGCCGAAAGAGCCACGUCACAGAGACGCUUCUGAAGGCCAAAGAACGACUCGUCAACGCCAACUCUGAGAGUUCGCUGUCCGUGGGCAGUGACUUGGACCUGUCUGACCUCCCGAGCGCGGCCUUCCCGCUCCGCCGCUCAUGGGAUUCCAGCCAGGAAGCAGCCGGACUGGAGAUCCUGAUGUCCAGUUGCUCUCUGUGCCGUUCUUGUGACUCUCUGGUUUAUGAUGAGGAGAUUAUGGCCGGGUGGAGCUCCGAUGACUCCAACCUCAACUCCACCUGUCCCUUCUGCAACGCCCCCUUCGUCCCGCUCCUUAACGCCCAGAUCUGUGACCCAGGGCCAGUGUGCAGCAGCUCUGAGCGCAGUCAGUGGAACGUGGAGGAGGAGGUGCAGAGUGCAGUGAGACCCCCCAGCGCCCAGGACCCUCACAGAGCGCCCCCCACAGGAGCCCAGUGUAACGGCGUUAGCGAAGACUCAGAGGGCUCAGAGACCAGCAGCUGCUCCGAGUCCAGAGGGAAUCAGACCACAGUGGGAGGGGCUUCUCCUCGGGUAGGCGGGGCCUCGGCUCAGCUGGGCAGUCCCCAGGUGACGGUAGCGUACCUGAGUCCCCUGGUGUUGCGUAAAGAGCUGGAAUCUCUAUUAGAAAACGAAGGAGAGUCGGUUCUGGCUCGGUCCACUCUUCUCGAGCAUCACUCCAUUCUCUUUUGGAACCUGCUCUGGGUCUUCUCCAGGCUUCAGCUGCCCUCACACCUACUCCAACUGGUACGAAGCUCUACGCUGGCCAGCCACUGCUCACAGGUGGAUAACCAGACUGUGAGGGUGCGUCUCUUGUGGGACACAUUGGCUCCAGACACAAAUCAGUGGCCCCCGCUCUACGUGCUCUGGAGGAUCCACAGUGGCGUGGCGAUGCGUCAGUUCAGCUGGAGGCGUCAUAACCACCCAUUCUCUCUGGGCUUCCUGGAGGAGGUCCUACGCUACGUCGGCAUGAACGAAGUGCACAAGGCCGUCACUCUGUUCCUGGAGACUGUGGGGAAGCAGCAGCCGGCCAGAGUCCAGAGGAGUUUGUACAGAGAGUUCCUGUUCCUCACUUUGGCAGCAAUGGGAAAAGAUCAUGUCGCUGCCUUUGAUAAGAAGUAUAAAGCGGCGUACUCAAAGCUCAGUGGGGCUCUAAGUCGAGAGGACCUCCGGAAGAACCGCGUUCAGCCCCCGACCCCCAAAGCCCUGGACUGUCGUCGCUCUUUCCACCCCCCUCUGGAGUGUUAGGAACCAGGGACCCUCAUCUGCACAAACUAGGGACCCUUAUGCCCAGGAACCAGGGGCCCUCUCCCCCUCUGGAGUGCUAAGAACAGCCGGAGAAUGGACCACAAUAUCCAAAAAACUGCUCCAAACCUCACCCCGAUAAUGCCCUGGAAUCUCCCGGAAACGCCCCUUAUACACCCGUAACUAUGCAGCAGUGGCACAGGAGGAGCUGUGCACUGUAAAAACACUGGGAUUCUGAGGAUUCAUUUAGAUCUGAUGGUUUGGAUUGGUGCACAGAUCUGUACUCUGGACCUUCUGACCCAUGUGUGGCUUUUAAAAUCUUAUUUUAGGAAAAGUUCUUAGUUCAAUAAUAGUUGUUGCCUGACAGGCCUUCAGAGGGCAUUUUAACAGUGUGAUGAUUCAAAGAUGCAUGAAUCACUUAAAGCCUCAGUAUGUCACUUUUUUGCCAGAAAUAGACUCAUAUAAAAGCUUGUUGGGUUUUUUUGUUGUCUUUUUUGGAUGUUUUUAUUGCACUGAAAACAUGUGUCCCUAUUGUGAGGCGGGGGCUUGGCCUGGAGGACAGUCUCCUCAUGUUCCAAUGUUGUUCCUUUAGCUAUAAUGUUCCACAGUAUCUCAUAAAACUUAUCUCCAUGGAGAAUGUUUCGACAUAUAGUUUAGUGUGUGGGUGUGGGUGUGCGUGUGUCGGUGUGUGUGUGUAAAGCACUUUGAGCCUUAAAGGUGAAAAAGUGCUGUAUAAAUAGGACCAUUUGCUAUUUAUCUGCCACCACCAGAAAGUUUCAUACUGUUGCUUUAAAAUACAAGUCUGAGUAAGAUAAUGAGGGAAAACCAUUAGAACAUGAUCAAAAGAUCAUGAAAUCCAUGUUACAGAAUAUGUCUUUAAAUAGCCAGUGCAGAAAGCUGUUAAACCAGACUCAAACCCAAAUUCAAAUCUAAAUGCUCCAGAAUCCUACAUUUAAACUCUUUGUACUUUUUGUGAUGUUUGACUUUUUUUUUUGGUCGGCACUGAAGCAGCUCCACCAUUUACUGGGACUGAAAUGUGAAUCUGGGAUGCACUGAAGUCUGACGUGGCUCGUCAAAAAGGGAAAAGCAUCAGAAUCUUUGGGAUUUUAAAGCAAUUUUGACCUCAGCUCUGGGACACAUGGGGGAUCAUGUGGGAAUUUUUAAAAAGACUGAAAUGUUUUGUGCUUCCAUUUUGUUCAGACAUUUUAUUUUUGUCAUUUUGCACAGGUCAAAGUGUUUAAUAUUGGCUUCUCUGCUCUUUCAACCUGAACUAACCCACAACAGCCAGGUUUAUUUCAUAGAAUGGAUUCUGUAAUAAUAAGAAAACUUCACUAAAACAAUAAUGAACAAUAGAACAUAAACCUCCAUAAACCUUACCUCAGGCGUCUGACUGACUGACAAUAAAUGUGUUUAAAUAAUACACUGGCAGAAAAAUAACUUUUAAGCUCCGUGUGUAAAUCAUGUGUCUCUGAUCCUAACCUAGGACAGUCCAACCACAGCGGAUGAGCCACUAUACCACGUAUCACCUGUCACUCAAACACAGAAGAGGUCUCCUCUCCAAAACUCUGGCCCGUUUACAAUUAAAUCCAUCACUUCUUUCACCUGAGAGAAAGAAGAGUUUGGUGCUUCUGUUGAUUCUGCACAAAUCUGCUGUUCCUCAGUCCUCUGGGUUAUUUUUGCCUUUUUACUCCAAAACCACCAUACUGUACAAAAGCUCAAACACCUUAAAAAUGUAUAAACACUUAAAUCUGUCAGAAAAUUACUUAAAAGUAGUGAAAGGAUCUGUCCAUGCGGCAAGAUCAUUUUACUUGACAAGUUCUCUUAAAAUAAAUGACCUCUAGACUAGAAUGAAGCAUCUCAGAACUAGUAAGUCCAUAUUAAAUCUGAAAACAACAUGAAUAACCAUAACAUAAGUUUUAAAGUCUUGGCCAGAUCAGAGAAAUUUGCAAUGUAUGUUUGUUUUGACCUGAAUGGACCAUGUGUCUUGUCUCUCAGACUGGUUCACGCGUUCUGGAAUCAGGUAAAUAGAACACAGCUCCAAAUCCACUUGUUUUUGUAAAGUUUUGUCAAAGUGUGUGGUUCUGGCUUUACAGGUUGCAUGUUCUCCCUGUGUCUCCCAUACACUGUACCUAACAUGCAUAAAAACUCCUCCAGCUCCUGACAGGUUUAACCCAGAGACACUGAAGAAAUGGUUCAUGCAGAUUUAACCCAGAAAAACUGGGUCAAAUGUAGAAUUGAACCUAAUAUUUAAGCUCUACAUUAAAACAUUUAUUCUCAUGGCAGUCAUACGUGUUUGAACAAUUUUGCAUUUUCAUAAAAAAAUGAAAACUAUAAGAAAACUAAACUUUUCUUUCAUUAAUUUUUUCAAUGUAUUUUCAUAUUUUUGUUUUUAAAAUGAAUACAAAAUGUAGACUUUUGUAAAUGAGAGUCCAGAGGAAGUAUUUAUGUGAAAGAAUGAGAGACGUUUACAGGAGAAAUGUUAUGGAGGAUUUAAACUGGCCGUCUUUGUAAAGCAUGUGUUUGUGCAGAAGUUUCAAACCAGCAUCAAAACUGGACUAACCCAUGACUAACCCACGACUAAUCCAGGACUAAUCCAGGACUAACCCAGGACUCUGCCCUCCACUGAUGUUGCUAAAACAGGACUGAAACCAGGACUCAACUAAACCAGUACUCAAACUAGGACUAAACCAGGAUGAAAACCAAAAAUAGGUCUAAACCAGUAUUAAACUAAGACUCAGUCAGGACUUUCAAGGUCCUGUUUUCCCACUGGAGUUACUGCAACACUUCCUCAUGUGGUCCUUUAGUUGAACUGUUUCCUGUUGUUUUUUUUUAAGCUGUGAUGUGUUUACAACUGUUUUUUUCCCCUUAAAUCUGGUUGGUCAACAUCAGUGGAGGGCUUCUGCUUUUCUCUAACUCUUCAAACUCAAACCACUGCGUUUUCUCUGGACGUUUACGUUUUGAAUGCUCAGUGCAGAGCUGGUCACCUGCAGGGUUCAGAGCUGUACAGCCUGCAGGAGCACGGAGCUGUACGCCUGCAGGGCUCAAAGCUGUACGCCUGCAAGGUUCUGAGCUAUACGCCUGCAGGAGCACGGAGCUGGUCACCUGCAGGGCCUGUAUUUAAAACAGUUUGUCGUGUUUUUGCUGUUACUGUAAUUUAUAUCUGUUUGUGAAUUCUGUUGUAAAUGUUUUGCUUUUAUAAGAAAAUGAGAAUAAAAAAGCGACAAGCUCAAAA